CUCCCGGGCCGCCCCCACCCCCGCCAGCCGUGCCUGUCCCAGGGCCGCCCGCGCCAUGCCGUCCGUGCCGCUGCCGCCCAAGGAGAGCAACCUCUUCAAGCGGAUCCUGAAAUGUUACGAACAAAAACAGUACAAAAAUGGACUCAAGUUCUGCAAGAUGAUCCUUUCUAACCCAAAAUUUGCUGAACAUGGAGAGACACUUGCAAUGAAAGGACUGACCUUGAACUGCUUAGGGAAGAAGGAGGAAGCGUAUGAAUUUGUUCGUAAAGGACUUCGUAAUGAUGUGAAGAGUCACGUCUGUUGGCAUGUCUAUGGUCUUCUGCAGCGUUCGGAUAAGAAAUAUGAUGAAGCCAUUAAGUGUUACCGGAAUGCACUCAAACUAGAUAAAGAUAACCUACAGAUUUUGAGAGAUCUCUCUCUGUUGCAGAUUCAGAUGAGGGAUUUAGAAGGAUAUAGAGAGACAAGAUACCAGCUGCUUCAACUGCGCCCCACACAACGCGCUUCCUGGAUUGGAUAUGCCAUUGCAUACCACUUACUAAAAGAUUAUGAUAUGGCCUUAAAAUUACUUGAAGAGUUUAGGAAAACUCAGCAGGUUCCUCCUAAUAAAAUAGAUUAUGAAUAUAGUGAAUUGAUUUUAUAUCAGAAUCAAGUGAUGAGAGAGGCAGAUCUUUUUCAGGAGUCUUUAGAACAUAUAGAGACAUAUGAAAAGCAAAUAUGUGAUAAAUUAAUAGUAGAAGAAAUUAAAGGAGAGAUGUUACUCAAGUUAGGAAGGCUGAAAGAAGCUGGUGAAGUAUACAAAGAGUUAAUUGAGCGUAAUGCAGAAAACUGGUAUUAUUAUGAAGGCUUGGAAAAGGCCCUACAACCCAGCACUUUAGAAGAGAGGCUUCAGAUUUAUGAAGAAGUUAGUAAAAGACAUCCCAGAGCAGUUUCACCUAGAAGAUUACCUUUAAACUUUGUUUCAGGUGAAAAAUUUAGAGAACUAACGGAUAAGUUCCUGAGGGUUAACUUCAGUAAAGGCUGCCCACCCUUGUUUACCACUUUGAAAUCUUUAUAUUACAAUCCAGAAAAGGUUUCUACAAUCCAGGAACUUGUUACUGGUUAUGAAGCCUCUUUGAAAACUUGUGAUCUUUUUAGUACAUGUGAAAAUGGAGAGAAAGAGCCCCCAACAACACUGCUUUGGGUUCGGUAUUUCCUGGCACAGCACUUUGACAAACUUGGCCAGUGUUCUUUGGCCUUGGAUUACAUUAAUGCUGCAAUUGCAAGCACUCCAACAUUAAUAGAGCUAUUCUAUUUAAAAGCAAAAAUUUACAAGCAUGUAGGUAACAUCAAGGAAGCUGCCAAAUGGAUGGAUGAAGCACAGUCUUUGGAUACUGCAGACAGAUUUAUCAAUUCUAAAUGUGCUAAAUACAUGCUGCGAGCAAAUAUGGUGAAGGAUGCAGAGGAGAUGUGCUCUAAAUUCACACGGGAAGGAACUUCUGCUAUGGAGAACCUUAACGAGAUGCAGUGUAUGUGGUUCCAGACGGAAUGUGCUGCGGCUUAUCAAAGGCUAGGGAAGUACGGUGACGCCUUGAAAAAAUGUCAUGAAGUAGAAAGGCAUUUUUUUGAGAUAACAGAUGAUCAAUUUGACUUCCACACGUACUGCAUGAGAAAGAUGACACUCCGUGCCUAUGUAGACCUUCUGAGAUUAGAAGAUGUGCUCAGGAAACAUGCCUUCUACUUCAAGGCUGCUCGAUCAGCAAUUGAAAUUUACUUGAAGCUCCAUGAUAAUCCUCUUACCAAUGAAAGCAAAGAGCAAGAAGUGAAUUCAGAAAAUCUCUCAGCCAAAGAAUUGAAGAAAAUGCUCAGUAAGCAAAGAAGAGCACAGAAGAAAGCAAAACUUGAAGAAGAAAGAAGGCAUGCAGAAAGAGAACGACAGCAAAAAAAUCAAAAGAAAAAGAGAGAUGAAGAAGAGGAGGAAACUAGUGGACCCAGGGAAGAGCUGGUUCCUGAAAAACUGGAAAGGGUAGAAAAUCCAUUAGAAGAAGCCAUUAAGUUCCUUAUACCACUUAAGAAUCUUAUUGGAGAUGAUAUAGAAACACACUUAUUAGCAUUUGAAAUAUACUUUAGAAAAGGAAAGUUUCUGUUAAUGUUACAGUCUGUCAAAAGAGCUUUUGCUAUCAACAGGAAUAACCCAUGGCUACAUGAGUGCUUGAUUAAAUUCUCUAAAGCUGUGUCUGACCAUAGUAACCUCCCAGAAAUUGUGAGCAAGGUCCUAACUCAAGAAAUGCAGAAAAUCUUUGUUAAUAAAAACUUGGAGAGUUUUAAUGAAGAAUUUCUCAAACACAAUGCUACCUCCAUUCAGCACCAACUGUCAGGUGCAAAGAUGAUGUAUUUCCUGGACAAAUCAAGACAAGAAAAAGCAAUUGCUGUUGCAACUAGAUUGGAUAAAAACAUGAGAGACAAAAAUGUGAAGACAUUAACAAAGGUUUUUGAGGCGUUGCUUGAUGGCAGUUUUGGAAGCUGCCAUGCUCAAUGUGAAGAAUAUCAAGCAGCAUGUCAUAAACUGUUUCCUUUUACGUCUGCCUUCAUGCCUGCCACAAAUGAAGACAACAGCAGCAUUGCAUCUGUGAAUCACACGGCCAUUAACCAUGAUUUGCUGUCCAAUGAAAUCUGAAGUAGUGUGUGCAAGCCCCUGUGUGUGUGUAUACCUACAUACACACAUGUAUAUGAAACUCUGACUCUCAUUACAUGCUGGCUGGAUACAGAUCAGGGUUACUUUUCCAGGUUGUAUUUUAAUAUCUUUAACAGGUAUCUAAAACAAAAUAUUUGGAUAGUUAAAUGGAGUAUGCUAUUAGGAUUUUUUUUCCUCCCAAUGAAAACUGCCAAUAUUUAUGUAAACAUCUUUAAUCAGCAUUUUUCAUGUUUAUACUUGUACAGGUUUAAGUCUUUUAAUAAAUCAUCAGCCCUCCCUCACAAUAAUAUGGAUAUUAAAGACUGCUUUCACUUAAGUGUUGUUACAUAUGCAGAUAUAUGUGAACAUAUCUUGUUAAUAAAUUAUCAUUUGAGAGUUUUUGGCAGAUUAAGACUGAAGUGCUGCUUGAAUUGCCCUCUUUGUCUUUACUGUUCUUUAGGGUUUUUUUUUCUGGGUUGUUUUGGUUGGAUUUCUUUUUUAAUCUUUGGUCAGUUUGGUUUCUUUUGAAGCACAGGAACAAUGAAAGCAUUGGGGGGGUUGCAUGUUUUUAUCAGGUGUGUGUCUUAUAUGGAACCAGUGUUGACAGAUAUGAAGAUUAGGUUUGUGUAAAAAAACCUAAACCAACAAAUAUCUAAGGCUUUUUGAAAACUAUUCCCUCUACCUUGUGUUCCAUAGCUGUUGUUUCCUUAAUUUUAUAGUCAGUUUAACAUUUUAAAGUUUUAAUAUCCUGAAGUAAUUCCCUGAGAAGACAAUGAAUUUGAAUACUGUUGUUUGUCCUUUGUUCCAUCUCCCCUUUUCCUCUUCUUCCUUUUGGUUUCUCCCCCUCUGUUCACCUAUUGGCACUUAUGAUGAAAAAAGCUGCUCCAAUUUUGCGCAGAAGGUACAGUAAAGGAGAAUACAGUUUUUCUCUACAUCAUAAAAACUCACUGGUGGGUGUGCUGUAUUACCUCCAUUAAAAGUCUUAGUUGUCUACUUAAGUAUCAUGGCCAAUACUCCAGAAUUUCUCCUGCCUAAAUGCUAUUGCUGUAGGUGCUGCAAGGCAAAACAGAGAAAUAUGUUUUACAUUUUAAAACUGUUUAAGGGAGCACAAAGAGGCUGACUACAAAUCAUAAUGAACCUUUUUCUUACUUCGUAUUCUGGUGCAUUAACUAUUAAAUAUACAACACAUCAAAAUGGAAGUUUAAAUCUAAUAUACCUAUUUAAAACAUAGCAUUGCUAGACAAAAUGGCUACGUAUCACAUGACAGCUUUACAUUCUAUAUGAACUGCUAUCAAAACGUAAUUAUACUGUGGCUUGUACAGAAAAUUUCUGGAAACUGUAAUGGAAUUAUUCAAUCUCGGUUUGUUUUUAUUUCACUGCAAUGUAAAUAAUUUCAGUAAUAUUAACUAGCCCCUCAAAGGCAAAUACCAGUUCAUGAAGAGGGGAUUUUAUUAAGACAAAUAAACUGUUCUAAUUAAAAUUCUCCUUUGUGUGUCAUCUGUUUAGAUUUUAAAAUUGUUGAAUGGAAAAUUCACUGUAAAAUAUUGCCAACAUAUGUUAUGCUGUAAUAAAUUAUUUUGUACACAUUU